UUGAAUCCUCUUCACGGAAAAAACACCACUCGCUUCUCUUCAAAUCCGCCAUUCUCUCUCUCUUCUCUCUCUCAUGAUCUGCAUUCUUGCAAGCCUCAUCCGCCAUUUUUGAAUUUGCACAAGCUCCGUCUUUCUCUCUCUAAAAAUGGACGGUCCCACCGAAGAAUCUUCCGACACUUCCAAACAAGCCUCCGUCUCAAACAACGGCGACGACCAGCGAGUCUACUUCGUUCCCUACAGGUGGUGGAAAGAGGCACAGGGCUCUUCAUCAUCGCCUGAUUCGGAUGGGAAGAAGGGGAUUUUGUACACGGUCACACCCGUGUCAUCGUAUGCCGGUCCGAUGAAGAUAAUCAACAACAUAUUUAACUCAGAUCUUGUGUUGAAUCUGAGGAGAGAUGGUGAUUUUUUGCAGAAUAAUGAGAAUGGUGAUGUGGGGAUCUCAGGUCGGGAAUAUGCCCUGGUUCCUGGGGAAAUGUGGCUGGAGGCUCUUAAAUGGCACAGCGAUAAUAAAACUGCUACAAAGGAUGGUAGAAGCUUUUCAGCUGCAGAAGAUGAUAUGGCAGAUGUCUAUCCUUUACAACUUAGGCUCUCUGCUUUGCGAGAAACAAACACAGUGGGAGUAAAAAUAAGCAAAAAGGACAAUGCAGUCGAUCGCUUCAAAAGAGCUUGCAAGAUUUUCAGUGUCGAGUCUGAGCUAUUACACAUAUGGGAUUUUUCAGGGCAGACAACCCUAUUUUCCUCAUACGACAACAAAAAGUCAGCAAAAGAGACUCAACGGCAGCCCGAGCAGGAGAUUCUCCUUGAGUUGCAAGUUUAUGGGUUGGCAGAUUUCAAUAAAAGCAGAGAUGUGAAGAAAGAUGAUAUGAAGGGGCUUCUUCCUAAUGGGACUUCAUGUACAAUGAAUGGUGGCACUGCCAAUUUGAACUGUAGUUUUAUUGGGGGCUCUGGUGAAUCUGGUUCUUUGGGCUUGACAGGAUUACUAAACCUUGGGAAUACUUGUUUCAUGAACAGUUCUCUUCAGUGCUUGGUGCACACACCGAAGCUCGUGGACUACUUUCUUGGAGAUUACAGUAGAGAAAUAAAUCAUGACAACCCCUUAGGCAUGGAUGGUGAGAUUGCUUUAGCAUUUGGCGAUUUGUUGCGGAAGUUAUGGGCUCCUGGAGCAACUCCUGUAGCACCAAGAAUGUUCAAGUCAAAACUUGCUCAUUUUGCUCCUCAGUUCAGUGGUUUUAAUCAACAUGAUUCCCAAGAGCUUCUUGCUUUUCUAUUGGAUGGGCUCCAUGAAGAUUUGAAUCGUGUAAAAUGCAAACCGUACAUAGAAGUCAAGGACGGGGAUGACCGGCCUGAUGAAGAAGUAGCUGAUGAAUAUUGGAAGAAUCAUCUGGCUCGCAAUGACUCUAUUAUUGUUGAUGUGUGUCAAGGUCAAUAUAGGUCCACAUUAGUGUGUCCUGUUUGCCGAAAGGUCUCUGUUACCUUCGAUCCAUUCAUGUAUCUGUCAUUACCAUUACCAUCAACGAUGAUGCGGACAAUGACUUUGACAGUCAUGAGCACUGAUGGAAAUACUCCACCAUCCCCAAUAACUAUUACUGUGCCCAAGCAUGGAAAAUUUGAAGAUCUUAUUCAGGCUUUAAGCACUGCUUGCUCUUUAGGGGUUGAUGAGACGCUUUUGGUGGCUGAGAUAUACAAUAAUCGCAUCAUCCGCUAUCUAGGGGAGCUAGGUGAUUCAUUAUCAUUAAUUAGAGAUGAUGACCAACUGGUUGCUUAUCGGUUACCAAAGGAUGCUGAAAACGUCCAAAUAGUUGUAUUCAUGCAUCAGCAUGCUGAAGAGCCUUUUGUCUGUGGGAAGCUGACAAGAAGCUGGAAGGCAUUUGGGAUUCCUUUUGUAGCAAGUUCUAAAUUUGUAAAUGGUUCUGAUAUCCGUAAUUUGUAUCUAAAAUUACUAAGAGCAUUCCUAAUACCUAAUGAAGAUUCUGUAGAUGAUGACGAUAACAUCAAGAGAACUGCAACUGAAGAACUAAUUGAUAUGGAGGUUGCUUCAACACCUGAGAUAAAUGGAGUUGCAGACUCUUCUAAUGGAAAAGAGUUGGACACACAUUCUGAUGCUGAUUUGGAGUUUUACUUAACAGAUGAGAAGGGAACAACUAGGGACUCAAGAAUUGCAAUGAAUGAGCCAGCAGCAUCCAGGGCUUUGACUGGGCGGUUGAGUGUGCUUGUGUGUUGGUCAGCUAAAAUGGUUAAGGAUUACAAGACAAGCCUUCAUAGCUCAUUACCCCAGAUUUUUAAGUCUGAAUUCUGUGGAAAAAGACCUCAGGAAUCUGUUUCUCUAUAUAAAUGCCUUGAAGCAUUCUUGAAGGAGGAACCUCUUGGACCAGAGGACAUGUGGUACUGUCCUGGCUGCAAAAAGCAUCGUCAAGCAAGCAAAAAAUUAGAUCUUUGGAGACUGCCCGAGAUUUUAGUUAUUCAUUUGAAGAGGUUCUCAUACAGCCGAUUUUUGAAGAACAAGCUGGAGACGUGUGUUGACUUCCCUGUCCACAAUCUUGAUUUGUCAACAUACAUUGCGCACAGGAAUAGUCAAUCAUCAAAUCGGUAUAUGCUUUAUGCAGUUAGUAAUCACUAUGGAAGCAUGGGAGGGGGUCACUACACUGCAUUUGUCCAUCAUGGGGGUGAUCGGUGGUAUGACUUCGAUGACAGCCGGGUUUCGCCCAUAAAUGAAGACAGGAUAAAAACCUCAGCGGCUUAUGUUCUUUUCUACAGAAGAGUUGCAGAUAGCUAACAUAAUCAGAUUAGGGUUUUUAGUUUCGAGCCUAGAUUCCUUCUUUUUGUCGGCGUAGUCUUACAAAGAAUGAUAUUAAAGGUAGCGCAAUUCUUUCGUGUAUCCCGCAUUGUUUUGUUUCAGCCAAUGGCGGCGUUUUGGACAUGGAUGAGAAAGAAAAAAGAAGAUUUUGAGCACAAAUUGGUGCGAUGGACACACUGUAACAUAGUCAGAUGACUCAAAUGAAAAUGUGAGAUUCAUACUCCAAAGAAAAUGUUUUACAUCUACUACAACUUUGUAAAUGCUUUAUAUUUUUUGUAGUAAUAGUUUCAUGGAAGUGUAUUUCUUGGAUUUCUCAAGUGUAUUUUGAAAUAUUAUGUUCUUGAGGUUUUCCCAAAAGAAAUUCCAUGAACUCCAUUAUGAAA